UCUCAACCGCUAGUGCUAUUAGCUUGCUGGAAAUCUGCCUGUCUUGGCAUUAUAGGAUCUUGUUCUAUUUUGUCAGGCAACCCUGUCUUCAUAAACGUCUUCAUAAAAGGGGUUGAUUGAGGUGCAGGAUGUACAGCUUUAUGGGUGGAGGGCUGUUUUGUGCAGGCGUGGGGAACAUCCUCCUGAUUGUUUCCACAGCAACCGAUUACUGGAUGCAGUAUCGGCAGUCCAACAACUACAUGCACCAGGGCCUGUGGCGCUACUGCAUGCCGGGGAGGUGCUUCACACACAAUGACAGCUUUGCCCACUUAGACGCCACCCGUGCCUUCAUGAUCCUCUCCCUUCUGGCCUGUUUCAUUGGCAUCAUCAUCGGCAUCAUGGCCUUCAUCCAUUAUUCCUCCUUCGACAGGUUUGACAAAACCUUUGCUGCAGGCAUAUUGUUUUUCAUCUCAUGCUUUUUAGUAUUUCUAGCAAUGGCUGUGUACACCGGUGUGACAAUUAACUACUAUGGCAAACGCUUUGGAAACUGGAGAUUCUCCUGGUCAUAUAUCAUCGGCUGGGUGUCGGUGGUGCUCACUUUCUUUUCAGGUAUAUUCUAUAUGUGUGCCUAUCGGAUGCAUGAAUGCCCCAGGAGCUCUAACCCUCAUUAG